GAGAGCAAAACAAUGGCGGACCUCGUGGUUGGCAUGGCCAAGUCGGUGGUGGACGGGGUGCUCUCCAAGACCCAGGCGGCGAUCGAGGAGGAGGCAAAUCUUCGGCAGAACGCGCAGCGUGACCUUGUAUUCAUCACCGGCGAGUUUCAGAUGAUGCAGUCGUUCCUCAACGUCACCGACAACGAGCGCCUCAAGAAUCUGGUAGUCAGGACCUUGGUGAAGCAGAUCCGCGACCUGGCGUAUGAUGUGGAGGACUGCAUCGAGUUCGUCGUCCAUCUCGACAAGAAGAACCGCUGGUGGCUCCGCCUGCUCAAGCCUGCACGCUGCAUCAUGCCCUGCUUGGCGGAGAUACCACUUGACGAGGCGGUCGCCGACAUAGAGCAGCUCAAGGCCAGGGUGGAGGACUUGAGCCGGAGGAACGCACGCUAUAGCCUCAUCAGCGACGCCGGAUCCACUCUCUCCCCGCCCGAACCGGUGUCCCGCGCGGCCGUCGGCGCCACAUCGUUCAACAGGAUAACCGAGGUAACGAAAAAUCGGAAGGGCCAGCAGGGGGAUCUGACACAGCUGUUCACCAAGGAAGACGGCGGGCUCCAAGUGAUCUCCAUCUGGGGCACAGAAGGUGGCGGUCAAGGGAUGGCGUCCAUCAUCUGGAAUGCCUAUAUUGACAAAGAUGCCUGCAAAACCUUCACCUGCCGUGCCUGGGUGAAAGUCAGGCAUCCUUUCAAUCCACGUGAAUUUCUCCGUUCCAUCACGGCUCAGUUCCACGCAAGCAUGCCCAAAGAAGAAGAGGAAGAAGCCGUCAUAGCUGUAGACGUCCUUAAAAAGAUGAGCGCCAGGCAAGGCGACCUUCUAGCUGAGUUCGUUCGGCAUGUCAACGAGAACAAGUACCUCGUAGUCUUGGAAGACCUGUCUACCAUGGAAGAGUGGAAUGCUAUCAGGACGUUCUUCCCCAACAGGAAAAACGGCAGUUGCAUAAUUGUGUCAACACAGCAAUACGAAGUCGCAAGCUUGUCCGUGGGACAUCCAUAUCAAGUCCUGCAUCUGAACCAGCUCUCAGCUGAGCACUCGGUUUAUGCCUUCUACAAAACGGGGUUUGAGUGUGAUGGAGUUCAGGGUGCGAAAACUAUUGGUAGGGUGUCCCUGGGCAUGGAUGCAAUAUCAAAAAAAAAUACAGCCGAGGAGUGGAUGAAGGUGAAUCCCCUGGCUGGACGGGAGUCACAGAUGAAAGAUCUUUAUGAUCAUACAAAGGAAGCACUUUGGUGGUCUUACCAAGUUAUGUCUGUUUGGGGUAUAGCAGGCGUUGGGAAAUCAUAUCUCGUAAGAAAAUUGUUUUGCGAGAGAAUUCUUAUGAAGCGCAGCAUACAUCAGAAGUAUGGUUGGGUCGACGUGUCACAUCCCUUCAAUUUAAGUGACCUUUCUCGGAGCUUAUUUUUGAGCUUUCAUUCUGAAUCUCUUCAUGCAUGCGAACCGUCAUACUAUGAUAACAUGGGAAGCAAGAACCCCAUAGUACAAUGUCGUGAGAUACUAAAACAGUACAAAUGCCUUGUCGUUCUUGACGGCCUGAAGUGCACGAAAGAGUGGGAUUUGAUACAAGCUGAAUUGGUGUCAGGAUCACAUGCUAAGACCCUCUUCAUCAUCAUUACAAAUGAACAAAAGAUCGCCAAACAUUGCCGCGACGAUAAGGGGGAAUUCGUUUUUAAUGUCAAAGGUCUAGAACCUGAGGCAGCUUUUCAUCUGUUCGAACAGAUAUCUAUGAAAAAUGCAUUGCUCUCUUCAUUGUCUCAUGGUGAGAUUGCUGAGGUUCGAGAACUUACCUCAAAGUGUGGUGGACUUCCCAAAGUAAUAGUUGAGAUAGCUAGCUCAUUGGCUUCAAAGACAGUUGGAUGGAUGGAGCACGCACGUUCUAUCAACAAGAAAUUUAUGCAAGAGCUGGAGACCAACCGAGAGUUAAACAAGCUUGACGGUCUAUUCGAUUGGAUGAAUGCCUACUUCCGUAACUGUCCAGACUUUCUCAAGCCAUGUAUUUUCUAUCUGUCAAUUUUCCCUCAAGACCACAUAAUUCGAAGAAGACGACUCAUAAGACGGUGGAUUGCAGAGGGUUACUCGAGGAAUAACCAUGACAAAUCUGCCGAGGAGAACGGGGAGAAGCACUUCUCUGACCUCCAGGAUCUGAGCAUAAUCCAGCAGCCAACUUCACUAGCUUUGGGCAACACAAGGACGGUCUUGUGCCAAGUCAAUGGUUUCUUCCGAGAGUACAUCAUCUCACAACGAAUGGAAGAGAACCUUGUGUUUGAAUUGGAUGGUAGUUGUGUCCUAACCACCCAGCGCACAGGGCGUCACCUUGUGAUAUCAAAAUCCUGGAGAAGAGACAGAAUUGUGUUCGAGAGCAUUGACUUCUCACGGUUACGGUCGCUGACAGUGUUCGGUAUGUGGAAGUCAUUCUUCAUCUCCGAAAAUAUGAAGCUCCUUCGGGUACUCGAUCUGGAGGAUGUAUCAGGUGUAAAAUACGAAGAUCUCAAAAAGAUAGUGAAGCACCUGCGUCGCCUGAAGUUUCUUUCACUGCGACGUUGCCAAGAUAUCUGUCAUCUGCCAAGUGCACUUGGUCAUCUUAGGCAGCUCCAGAGUCUGGAUGUGCGGGGCACCUCCAUACUCAACCUGCGAAAGAACGUCACCAAGUUACAGAAAUUGCAGUACAUUCGUGCCGGCAUGACCAACCCAGCAGAGGAUCAUCAUGUUGGCGUUCAGGUACCUCUAGGCAUUGGAAAACUGACGGCAUUGCACACGCUUGGUGUUGUCAACAUCAGUGUUUCAGGGACAGCGGUCCUGGAAGAGCUCAAGAAGCUCACACAAUUGCACAAGCUAGGAGUGUCCGGUAUCAACAUGAGUAACUGCAACAAGUUUUUCUGUGCAAUCUCGGAUCUUGCCCUUAUGGAGUCCUUAUCAUUGCGGCUGGACAGGGACAGCCAAAGAUGCUUGGAAGACCAAACCCUGCCUUUGGACAGUCUGCGGAGCCUUAAACUGUACGGGCUUGGAGGCAAGCUACCGGGGUGGAGCAACCAGCUUAGUAGGCUUGCAAAGAUGGAUUUGGAGAUGGCGGCAUUAAUGAAGCACGACAUAGUAUUUCUCGGCAAGCUUCAGGAGCUAUGUAUUUUACGCCUUCGUGUGAAGCAUCUUCAAGAUGGGGAGCUCAACUUCUGUGUCAUUACGAAUGGAAUAGAGGAUGACUCUUAUAAAAAGAUCAAGAUCCUUGACAUUGGUUGCAGCCUCAGCGUACCUGUGACUUUUGGAUCAAAAACAAUGAAAACGCUUGAGCUGCUGAAGGUGGACUGCUCCAGCACGUCCCCAUUACAGUUUUCUGGCCUGGAGAAUCUAUCCGAACUCAAGGAAGUGCUGAUUAAGUGUCCCAGUGACGAAUCGCUCAAGGAACAUCUUCAGAGUCUGCUUUCUAAGCAUGAAAACAAACCUGUUGUGAACCAGGAUCGGUGUAGCUAGCAUACUUGUCAAUUGUCUAUAUCUAUUCCUCCGCCUCAUAUUUGUCAUAUCUGUUGGGAAUAUAAUG